CGGCGGCGGCGGUGGCGGCGACCGUCAGUUUUCGCUGAGGAGAAGCAAGAAACGGACCCGUUGGCUCUCCCCUUCCCUUUCCCCGCCCUGAACCCCCCCUCCUGGCUCGCCGGGAAUUAGUCCCCGUGGAGUUCCCCUGCACCCCGCCGUCGUUUCUUCGGUCCUCGGUUCGGUGGAAGUCACUGCCCUCGAGGAGGAGGCAGCCGCAGCCGCCCUCGCCUCGCCGCCCCCGGUUCGGUGCCCGCGGUCCCGGAGAGGAGGUGCCGCCGCCACCGCCGCUCCCCCCCUCCCGCUGCCCUCGGGCCGGGCUGGGUCGAGCUGCGAUGCCCUCGGACUUCAUCUCAUUGCUCAGCGCGGACCUAGACCUGGAGUCGCCCAAGUCCCUGUACUCGCGAGAUUCUCUGAAGUUACACCCAUCACAGAAUUUUCAUAGAGCUGGACUAUUGGAAGAAUCUGUCUAUGAUCUUCUCCCAAAGGAGUUACAGUUACCUCCAUCUAGAGAAACAUCUGUAGCAUCAAUGAGUCAGACAAGCGGUGGUGAGGCAGGCUCGCCUCCUCCAGCUGUAGUUGCUGCUGAUGCUUCUUCAGCUCCCUCCUCUUCCUCCAUGGGCGGUGCUUGCAGCUCCUUUACCACCUCUUCCAGCCCUACCAUUUAUUCUACCUCAGUCACCGACAGCAAGGCUAUGCAAGUGGAGAGCUGCUCCUCAGCCUUGGGGGUAAGUAACCGAGGGGUAAGUGAAAAGCAGUUAACCAGUAACACAGUUCAGCAGCAUCCAUCAACACCGAAGAGGCACACAGUCUUGUACAUCUCACCACCACCUGAGGACUUGCUGGAUAACAGUCGGAUGUCCUGCCAGGAUGAGGGGUGUGGAUUGGAAUCUGAGCAGAGCUGCAGUAUGUGGAUGGAGGAUUCCCCCUCCAACUUCAGUAACAUGAGCACCAGUUCCUACAAUGAUAACACUGAGGUACCUCGUAAAUCACGAAAGCGAAAUCCAAAGCAGAGGCCGGGGGUCAAACGACGAGAUUGUGAAGAAUCUAAUAUGGAUAUAUUUGAUGCCGACAGUGCCAAAGCACCUCACUAUGUGCUUUCUCAGCUUACCACGGACAACAAAGGCAACUCAAAAGCAGGAAAUGGAACAUUGGAAAACCAAAAAGGAACUGGAGUAAAGAAGAGCCCUAUGUUGUGUGGACAAUAUCCUGUUAAAAGUGAGGGAAAGGAGCUGAAGAUAGUUGUACAGCCUGAGACGCAGCACCGAGCUCGGUACCUGACUGAGGGUAGCCGUGGCUCGGUGAAGGACAGAACACAGCAAGGUUUUCCUACAGUGAAGCUGGAAGGCCAUAAUGAGCCAGUAGUGUUGCAAGUGUUUGUGGGCAACGACUCUGGUCGAGUGAAACCACAUGGAUUUUAUCAGGCCUGCAGGGUAACUGGGCGAAAUACAACUCCCUGCAAAGAAGUGGACAUUGAAGGCACUACUGUUAUAGAAGUUGGCCUUGAUCCGAGCAACAACAUGACACUGGCGGUGGACUGCGUAGGGAUAUUGAAAUUGAGGAAUGCUGACGUUGAAGCCAGAAUAGGGAUUGCUGGUUCCAAGAAAAAAAGCACUCGUGCCAGAUUGGUUUUUCGAGUUAAUAUCACAAGGAAAGAUGGCUCCACUUUGACGCUGCAAACACCCUCUUCUCCUAUUUUAUGUACUCAGCCAGCGGGAGUGCCAGAAAUAUUAAAGAAAAGCUUACAUAGCUGUUCGGUGAAAGGAGAGGAAGAAGUAUUUUUAAUCGGCAAGAACUUUCUAAAAGGAACUAAAGUUAUUUUCCAAGAAAAUGUUUCUGAUGAAAAUUCUUGGAAGUCAGAAGCAGAAAUCGACAUGGAAUUAUUUCAUCAGAAUCAUCUUAUUGUGAAGGUUCCCCCAUAUCACGACCAACAUAUAACUUUGCCAGUAUCAGUGGGAAUAUAUGUAGUGACCAAUGCUGGAAGAUCUCAUGACGUUCAGCCAUUCACUUACACUCCAGACCCAGCAGCAGCUACUGCUUUGAAUGUAAAUGUCAAGAAGGAAAUAUCUAGUCCGGCAAGACCUUGCUCUUUCGAAGAGGCCAUGAAAGCAAUGAAAACGACUGGAUGUAACUUAGAUAAGGUAAAUAUUCUUCCUAACGCUCUGAUCACUCCACUCAUAUCAAGCAGUAUGAUUAAGAGUGAAGAUGUUACUCCAAUGGAAGUAACAGCAGAGAAAAGAUCUUCCCCUAUUUUUAAGACUACAAAGACAGUUGGAUCAACUCAACAAACAUUAGAAAAUAUCUCUAACAUAGCAGGAAAUGGGUCUUUUUCAUCAUCAUCAUCUUCCCACUUGCCUUCUGAAAAUGAAAAGCAGCAACAGAUUCAGCCCAAGGCUUACAACCCAGAGAGCCUGACAACUAUCCAAACACAGGACAUUUCACAGCCUGGAACCUUUCCAGCAGUUUCUGCAUCUAGUCAGCUUCCCAACAGUGAUGCACUACUGCAGCAGGCUACACAGUUUCAGACAAGAGAAACUCAGUCUAGAGAGGUGUUACAGUCAGAUGGUACGGUGGUGAAUCUGUCGCACCUGACUGAGGCGUCACAGCAGCAGCAGCAGUCACCACUGCAAGAACAAGCACAGACUUUACAGCAGCAGAUUUCAUCAAGUAUUUUCCCAUCACCAAAUAGUGUGAGUCAGCUGCAGAGUACGAUUCAGCAGUUGCAGGCAGGAAGUUUUACAGGCAGUACCGCUAGUGGCAGCAAUGGAAAUGUUGACUUGGUCCAACAAGUUUUAGAGGCACAGCAACAGUUAUCUUCAGUUUUAUUUUCUGCUCCAGAUGGUAAUGAGAAUGUUCAAGAACAGCUUAGUGCAGACAUUUUUCAGCAAGUCAGUCAAAUUCAAAAUAGCGUAAGCCCUGGAAUGUUUUCCUCAACAGAGCCAGCAGUUCAUACCAGACCAGAUAAUUUAAUAGCUGGAAGAGCUGAAAGUGUUCACCCACAGACUGAAAACACAUUGUCUAAUCAACAGCAGCAGCAACAGCAACAGCAAGUGAUGGAAUCGUCAGCUGCAAUGGUGAUAGAAAUGCAACAGAGUAUCUGCCAGGCAGCUGCCCAGAUUCAGUCAGAGUUAUUUCCUUCAACUGCUUCAGCAAACGGAAACCUUCAGCAAUCUCCAGUUUACCAGCCGACUUCUCAUAUGAUGAGUGCAUUAUCUACCAAUGAGGACAUGCAAAUGCAGUGUGAAUUGUUUUCUUCUUCUCCUGCAGUUUCUGGAAAUGAAACUGCUACAACCACCACACAGCAGGUUGCAACCCCAGGCACAACCAUGUUUCAGACAUCAGGUUCAGGAGAUGGAGAAGAAACUGGAGCACAAGCAAAACAGAUUCAGAACAGUGUCUUUCAGACAAUGGUCCAAAUGCAACAUAGUGGGGACAGUCAAUCUCAAGUUAACCUUUUUUCAUCUACGAAGAGCAUGAUGAGUGUUCAGAAUAGUGGUACCCAGCAGCAAGGUAAUGGUUUAUUCCAGCAAGGUAAUGAGAUGAUGUCCCUCCAGUCAGGGAAUUUUUUGCAGCAGUCUUCUCAUUCGCAGGCUCAACUUUUUCAUCCUCAAAAUCCUAUUGCUGACGCUCAGAACCUUUCCCAGGAACCACAAGGCUCCAUUUUUCAUAGUCCAAGUCCUAUUGUCCACAGUCAGACUUCUACAACCUCUUCUGAACAAAUGCAGCCUCCAAUGUUUCACUCUCAGAAUACCAUGGCUGUGUUACAGGGCUCUUCUGUUCCUCAAGACCAGCAGUCAGCCAACAUAUUUCUUUCCCAGAGUCCGAUGAAUAAUCUUCAAACUAACACAGUAGCACAAGAAGAACAGAUGACAUUUUUUGCAGCUCAGAAUUCAAUUUCUCCACUUCAGUCAACAUCAAACACUGAGCAGCAAGCUGCUUUCCAACAGCAGGCUCCAAUAUCACACAUCCAGACCCCCAUGCUUUCCCAAGAACAGGCACAACCCGCCCAGCAAGGUCUGUUUCAGCCUCAGGUUCCCCUGGGCCCCCUUCCUCCUAAUCCAAUGCCUCAAAACCAACAAGGAACCAUCUUCCAGUCACAACACUCGAUGGUUACCAUCCAGAGCAACUCUCCAUCCCAGGAGCAGCAGCAGCAGCAACAGCAGCAGCAGCAGCAGCAGCAACAACAACAACAGAGCAUUUUGUUCAGUAACCAGAAUACCAUGGCCACAAUGGCACCUCAGAAGCAGCCACCACCAAACAUGAUAUUCAACCCAAGUCAGAAUCCAAUGGCUAAUCAGGAGCAGCAAAACCAGUCAGUUUUUCAUCAACAAAAUAAUAUGGCCACAAUGAAUCAAGAGCAGCAGCCCAUGCAAUUUCAGAAUCAACCCACAGUUUCCUCACUUCAGAACCCAGGUCCUGCUCAGUCUGAAUCUUCACAGACCUUGUUCCAUAGCUCUCCUCAAAUUCAGUUGGUGCAAGGGUCACCCAGUUCUCAAGAGCAGCAAGUAACACUCUUCCUGUCUCCAGCAUCCAUGUCUGCAUUGCAGACCAGUAUAAACCAACAAGACAUGCAACAGUCUCCUCUUUAUUCCCCUCAGAACAACAUGCCUGGAAUCCAAGGAGCCACAUCUUCACCUCAACCACAGGCUACUUUAUUUCACAACACUACAGGAGGCACCAUGAACCAACUACAGAAUUCUCCUGGCUCUUCUCAACAGACUUCAGGAAUGUUCUUAUUUGGCAUUCAAAAUAACUGUAGUCAGCUUUUAACUUCUGGACCAGCUACAUUGCCAGAUCAGUUGAUGGCCAUAAGUCAGCCAGGCCAACCACAAAAUGAGGGCCAGCCACCUGUGACAACACUUCUUUCUCAGCAAAUGCCAGAGAAUUCUCCACUGGCAUCCUCUAUAAACACCAACCAGAACAUUGAAAAGAUUGAUUUGCUUGUUUCAUUGCAAAACCAAGGGAACAACUUGACUGGCUCCUUUUAACUGGGUAUAAAUUCCAUGAAGAAAAUCCUGAUUUCAAGAGAUCCUGAAAUCUGUGAUUCCAUGAGGAUUAUUGAACUGUUACUUUAAAAACAAAACAAAAUAUGAAAAACUGUGACUGAGUAAAUAAUUUUACUCUGACUGCAAAAGAGCACACCUAUGCUGUCUAUUGCAGUGAUUAACCACCAUCAUUAACAUCUUUAUAUUUUAUAUUCCUAAUAACAGUGAUGACUGAGAAUCUAUUUGAGUUUCCAGCUGACAGAAUUAAUUCUUGCUAUUUUACCUAGGCACUAUUAUAUCUUUAAAAGUACAGUUUAAAUUGAUAAGCUGGACCACUCAGUUGUUAUUGCUAUUAGAAAAUAAUUCAUAUUGUCAUGUUUACUUUUGUUCUUCAUUCAUAUUUUCUUUCCUGCAUUGUUUUAGUCAAGUAGUGGUUUCUGAAAAAGGAAAGUUUAAAUAAUAACUAAUGCUGUGAUUUUUCAAUAUAAAAAACACAGCUAUUGGCCAAAGUGAAGGAAUUUUUUUUCAGUUUUUAUGGAGAAACUGAAGAGAUAACAUUUUGACAAGUAAGCUGUAUUAAGAGCUCUACACAGAUUCAAGGCCUCUUUAUCACAGACAACAUACAAACUGGGAACAGCUGGAAUGCUAUUGAUUUUGUUUUUCAGAGAGUUGUUAAUUCCGUUUCUGUUAAUGGAUUUAACCAUAACUGCAUAGAAAAAUAAUCAUCUUGCUCUAUAAAAAAUGAAAGGGAGAAUGUAUGGUAAAUUAUGUUCUGAUAUCCUCCUACAGUAGUUAAAACUGAGUAAUUUGAGUGUUUUUUUCUUAUCCCAGUCUUCGACUGGUGUUCCCUUUUUAUAUUCAUCUUUAUUAUUAUUCUCCUCUUCUUUAUUUUAUUUUAGACAAUUAGUAAUAUACUACUAACUUUGUGACCCUGUGGUAACUUAAAUGAAAAGGCCACUUUGACCUGGGGUAACCCAGCAACUCCUGCAGCACAGGCUGGGGAGGGGGCCACCUUUUCAGAAAUGAGGGGAGCUGAUUCCUGAGAAACAAGAAACUGCAUUUUUUUUCCAUGAACGGUGCUGUUCUGAAGUCUUCAAAUUUUUCCCUCUAAUAGGAAAUAGUAUAAAUUUUAAUUAAAAAAAAAGACAAACUAAAAUAUCUGGAAACAUCACUUCUCCCUGAGCUGCAGUGGGUGUAAUUCACUUGUCACCUCAGUGCUUUACAGUCUGAAGUGGUCACUUAUCUGAUGGUUCCCACAAGCCUUAGGCUUUACAGGGUCAUAUCAUUGACUUAAAAUGAAGAAUUAAUUUGUGUUACAUCUGUAGAGAACAAAAAUAACACACUCCAGAACUUGCAGUUGUAGCAUUAGUUAUACAGUUUUGGGUGUUCUCACCACCCAUGGGAUGCCUGCUUCUCACUACAACCUGUUGUCUGGACACAUGCUUGUAUCUUAUUUUCCUUUUGGCAUGUAGAAAGCUGUUAAUACAGUUUAAGGCCAAAUUGUAUGUGGCUUCUAUAUAUAGAUAAGAUGUUUUGGCAUUCUUGUCUGUUUCCUUUAUUUUUUAAGUGUACAAAAAAAGAUCCUGUUAAUUGUUUGUUGAAGGCUACUUUUCUGUUUUUGUUUUUGUUUUUUAAUUUUAAUUUUUUCUAUCCUAUACAUUUUGUUGAACUUUGUGGAAUUGUGGUGUUGGUUUUGUUUAUACAGCCAGAUUUUUCCCCCCUUUUGUGGUGGUCUUCCUUGGUUCUUUGAAUGUGCUCUUCUUUAAUUUGUUUUUUCUCUUUGUUCUCAUAUAUUCUUCCCUCCACCCCCAACCCUUUCUUUCUUUCUCUCUCUGAUUGAGAGGCAUUGAAUUAUGUUUUCAGUAGUACAGGCUUCUUGCCGAUAUGAAGGGAACUUUUCAGAAAGAGACCUACUCUGGGUCAUUUAAUUUUGAAUACAGUUUUCAAUCGUUCAAGUUUUGGAUGGUUUAUAUCUAAUGUGUGUUUCAUUUUUUUGGAAAGCUAUAUUUUGUAUUUAGGAAAUGGUAUACUAUUUUGCUAUUUGUACUGAGUGAGUACAUUGGCAUAAAUACAGAAAUUUAUAUAUAUACAUAUAUAUAAACUAUUCUUUUUUGCCACACAUUUUUGUGGUAAAUUUGUGAGUUUGUCUGAUGUUCUACCACAACGUGGCGUCUGAUAACAGUGAGGGGGGGAGGGUUUGUUAUGUCUUUAUUGAGUAUUUAAGUAUCUUUUGAAACAAAUGACCUGUUCAUCUGUGGCCAUUCCAUCAGGCAGUUCCUUGAUGUGAUUAGUGGGCUAAAGGCAGCUUACUGUGUGUUCGCUGGAUCUUUCACUCAGCAAAAUGUUAGAGUAAGGAAACCCAUAUAGGCAGUUGCGUCAAAUGGUGUUUCACAUGAAUGAGCCAUUCAGUCUUUGCUCACUAUAUAUUUAAUAUUUUAUUAUUGUUGUUAUUGUUAUUAUUAAUUGGCUUUCUGUAUUCUAUGCCUUUUAUUUAUAAAGACACUAAAAAAAACAUGUUUGUAAUUUUAAUAACAUUUUCCCCAUCUUGUAAUAUCCAGAGCUACUUUAUAAAUUCUCUAAACCAAAAACAUUUUCUUCAAUAUAUCUCUUCUCUCCCCACCCCAUCAGGAAAAAUUACCCAAUAUAGUUCAGGUUAUGAGAAGGACUAGCCACACAAUCCAGUGCUUCAGUUUUAAAAUGUGAAACUCUAACUGCAAAAGGUUGGCUAAUGUCAGAAAGCUUACUUACAGGUAUAAAAAUAGGAGUAGAAAUAAAAUGCUGUAAGUUUAUUUCUGAGUUUUCUGAAUUUUUUUCUAAGAGAUUACCCAGGAGACUCAGAAAGUCUAUCUGUUCAUCGAGUUCCAGUUAGAAUGUUAACACUGCUCUAUAGAUGAAGUGGUGGCAAAAAGUCUGGCUUGUGUGCUGACUUCUGUUCUGUUGUUUAGCAAGAGGUUUAUCAUUGUAAAAUGCUGAUUGCCAAUGCCAAGUCACCAGGGACCAAUUUUCUGUUUUAUAAUAUCUAAGUUGAGAACAGAACAUACACCUGAACUGUAGUGGUUUGAUUGGAUGGAGGCAGAAAACCCAAUGUUUAUUUUCAUAAAUUUUGUGGUUAUUUAUAUAAGGGCUGUGCUAAGCUACCAUAUUCUUAUUCAGUAAUGAUGGAUUUCUUUUUAACAUUGUUAAAUGUUCCUUACCCCUAAAGGUCAAUAUUAAGUACCGCAUUAUGAAUAUACAAUUUGGUUACAAAAAAUGUUUGUCGUCUUAUUAAAAAGUUAGCUCAACGGUCAGUGGUUGAUACUUGUGCUAAUAAUGCAGUUUCCAGAUUACUGUUACAAGUUAUAGCUGCAUCUAGGAGAGACUCCAUGAGCCAGCAAAGGCCUUGGAAACAACAAUUUAUUAACUUUUACUUAUGGCAGAAGGACCUAACCAAACUAUGAACCGUAUUUUAUUUCUUUAUAUUGUUAUACUCAAUUGUUCUUUCUUCUAGCAACUUACAUUAAUGCUUGGAGCUUAUCUUUGUGUCUGUGUAAGAGAGAGAGAGAGAGUGUGUGUGUGUGUGUGUGUGUUCCUUAUUGUCAUUCCAUUAUAUAUCCACAGCAAUGUAGGAGAAGAUAAUUAGAAGUCAUAUUUUGCUUCUGAGUUUUAUCAUGUUACCUUUGUAAUUAGAGUAUUAUGUUAUUUAACCAAUGCAAAUCUGUUUUCAUCAGUUUCCCUAGAACAGAUGUUUAAAGGGCUUUGUUUUAUUAUAGAAGCAGUAUCAAUGAGGGACCUUCCUUCCUUUCUUUUUUUAUAAUACUGUAUAUGCUAUAGUUGGGAAUUUCAUUAUAGUACAUUUCUUGCUCAUCAGAACCUGUUAAUCUGCCUACAAAAAUUGUGUCAAAGGAAAUGAGAAAGAAGUUAUAUCUGAGUCCCGGUAAAACUAAGAUUAUAAUUCCUUUUGACCAUUUAAGCCAUUGUAGAUGUUUCAGAAAAAUGAAAUCUGUUUAAAUAUAUCAACAAUUGUAGACUGGAGUUAAAUGCUUUAAUAGAGUCUCAAAUUCAACAUGGUUUAUAAAUAUCCACUGGGAGUAAUUUGAGAAUUUUUUAUCUUUCUGUUGAGAAUUUCUGUUCUAAUAUCUGUUUUCUAGUUGAUUUGUUUCUAAUUAAUUGAAAAAUUAUAUGAACCUAUUAGCUCUACUCUGCUUCAUGACCACAGACUUCAUCCCUAGACAGCCACGUUACAUCUGUAUGCCUUUGGUUAUACUGAGGGACUUAAGGAAAGAGAGAGACAGUAUGUAUAGUUCAGCAGCUUCAUUAGAAAAAUAACUCAAAAUAUGUAUCCUACUAGGCGGGUUAAUAGAAUCUCAUAACAUGUAUUUAAGAAGAGGUUUUCUCCAUUGCUUAUUUGUGUCAUUAGAGCUAAAUUGUGAAGAUAAUGUUCAUUAUGUAGUAAAUAUCGGAAUAAUACCUAGAAUAUCACUUGUGAAUUGUCCCAGUGUUCUCAUUAUUUCUUUAAUCCCCAUUUAUUUUAAUGUCAUUUUAGCCUCAUUUAUUAAUAAAAUUCUAUUUUUAUUCCACUUUCAGGAAAUUUUUUAAAAUUAAUAUUUUAUAUCUAGGUUUAAAUGCUUAUAGAAAAGUGCCUUUUUACCAUGAUAGUGCCCCUUUCUUGUAAUUUCAUUUUUCACUAUUGCCAAAAAACAGAUAAACAAAUGACUUUCAUAGUUCCAACUUUCACUUUUUUCUAUUUAGUCAUUCUUUUCUACAUUUCUUGAUUAACCAUAGACAACAACUUUGUAACUUUCUGACUCCCUUUGGCAUAAGAGGAGCAGAAAAGAUACAUAGUAGAAUUGUUUCUUUGAAGGAGGGUAAGUGAAAGAUCACAAAAUUAUACUAUUUAGGCUUUAUUUAAAUUAGCUAAAUUUGUCUUUAUCUUGACCAGCUGAUAGGUUUUAUCUGAAUACUGAUGAAAAUUUUACUAUAUGUGAGACUCUUAAAUAUCUAUAGUUUAAAAUAAAUAAAUAAAUAUAUAUAGUUAAAUUUCAGAAAGGAAGAGUUUGAAGCACCUUCUCUGAUCGUAAUUAUAAAAUGGAUGAAAAUAAAUCACUAACACAUAGUUUAGGUAAAGCCUGGUAAUGUCAGUUUGCCAUCUAACUGUACAGAGCCCAGUAAUUCAUUAUACUGUACUUCUUGCCCAUCAGAACCUCUUAGUAAUCUGUCUAUGAAAAUUAAUAUCAGUGGAAAUGAAGAAGUUAUAUCUGAGUCUAUCCAGAACUAAAAUAAUUCCUUGCAGCCAGAUACAGUUGGAUUGAGGGGAUCCCUCUGGUUUUUGUUAAUUUUGCCUAUGGUUCCAGCCCUUACUAUAGUGGUAGUGCCUGAAGAAAGGGUUGUCAGCAACAGGUCAAACUAGUAGUAGCUUAGGGAUAGAGCUGCCUUCCCCAUGUGAGUAUUUCCAUGACUGUUAUGGCACUGAAGACUGCAAACCUUUAUGCAAUAUUCUUAACACCCUAAUGGUAUUAUGCACUUUAAUCAUUCCAAAGAAGUCAAGAAUGCUGUAUAAUGAUGAUUCCUAUCUUAACUACUUAGAAUAUUUAUAUCCCUUUUAUUUUGGCUAGCCAACUUGGUGUAUGUGUUAUGUGAAUAUUUUCUAAAAUGACUGUAUAGUAGGAAUUAAGACUUUGAAAUGUAAUUGACUAUAAGGGGAAAUGCCUACACUUCAGAAAAUCAUUUUAGAAACAUUAAGGUGUUCAUCUUGCUAAUCUGUAUGUUUGAGAGUUCAUUAAAACCAGCCCUCUUCCUAUAUAUUUUGUGUCAUAUUAAUAACAUUAUUGUAUAUACUUUUCUACAUAUAUAGUAUGUAUAAACCAAUAGUUCUCAAAGUAUGCUUCUCAGCCCACCAGCCAACAUCAGUAUUUCCUGGGAACUAGUUAAAAAUGCAAAAUCUUGGGCCCUAUCCAAACACAGUGAAUCAGAAACUCUGGAGUGGGACUCAGCAAUCUGUGUUUUAACAAGCCUUCCAGGUGAUUCUGAUGCUUGCUAAGGUUUGAGAACCACUGGUGUAAGUUGUAUACAAUAAGAUCCAGAAAGGGCUAUUUUUGGGGGGUUUUUUUUUUGGUUUUUUUUCACUCACACAGACACCGUUAUACAUUGUUUUUGAUGUAAAUUCAACUUAACCUGGUUAUCUAUAAUCAUUUAUUGGCAAUGAUAAUUUAUUCUCAGUACUGCCUGUAGAAAUACAGUAUAUUUUAUGUACAUAAAUAGUUACUCUAGUUAUUGAUAAUUCAGUUAACUUAGUUUGGCAUUUUCUACCACUUAUUAAAAAGUUUACAUUAAAUGACUGAUUUAAAUAUAUAGGUGCAAUGUUCUAUAUUUAUUUUAAUUAUUAUGACAUUUAAAGUAGCUAACAUAAUUGACAGGUGCUAAAACCUCCUGUUUAUCCAUAAAAUGGGUACACUGUGGCAGUGAUAAUACAAGCUUUCUUUUCAUUGCCUCUUACUUUACCAGCAGACCACAAUUUUGGCCUGGCUUGACCAACUCUCAGAACAAAAUUAUUUGUCAUUCCUUGUAAUUACAGUUUUACCCGAGAUAUUUAAACAUCAUGGCUGGCCAGGUCAACAAAGCACCUUAUUUAAUUUCUUUUUUUAAUAGAUAAAUCUUUAAAAAUAGCUUGCUUUGUAUGAGAACUGAUGCAGUAAAAAUAUAGUAUCCUUGGAACUUAGGCUUCAGACAAGAUAUUAAAUAGGACCAUGCAUUGUAUAAUUUGGACAUUUCUCCCUUCCCAAUUGUAUGCAUCAUGGAAAAUAAAUUAACCACAAGUAGAUUUAUUCAUUCAUUUUAAUCUCCCUGUAUAUUCAGUACCUCUAUAAUUUUUCUAAUUUUCCCACUGUUUACAAAUCACCAACUAAUAAACUCGUGAAAGAAAAACGUUCGUUUCAAAAAAAGUCAUUGUAUACUCACUUUAUAAAAAUCACCACUGCUGUCUACUUAAUACCUGCAGUGGAAAUGUAAGUGGCUUACUCUACAAACUUUGGUGCUGGAAAUGCAUAGGCAAACUGUUGGGAGAUGCUCAACCUACAUUCCUCUUUUCUUGUUCCUUUCCCAUCUUCCCUACUUUAUUGCAUAGUAUAUUCCUGUAUCGAAAGCAUUCUACCAUACCGCAAUUCUGUUUGACUCCAACUUGUAGUAUUUCCUUUAAAAGCCCUGUGUUUAACCAUAUCAUUCUGCUCUUUUUUCCCAGAGGUAAUUUGCCUGGUUUGAAAUAGUUUGUAGGGAUUUAUUAUAUAUAUAUAUGUGUGUGUGUAUGUGUGUAU